UUCAUGGAUCCGUUCAACAACCCGGAGAACCCGAACACUUCGAACAACCCGAAUACUCCCAACAAUCCGACCCAACCAAAUGUUUUUUCGGUUCCGGGAUAUUAUCCAACGCUAGAACCGAACCAAUUCUCACAAUAUUCAUCGAACGCGUUUGCUUCAUUCCAACACUCGCCAAACCAAUUCACUCAAAUCUCCCAAAAUCAAGCCCUUCAACAAAUGAUGAUGCGGGGUGCUUGGAACUUCCCACCCGUUCAACCUCAACCGAUCCCCACACCACCCGUUCAACCUCAACCGAUCCCGACCCAAUCCGAACCCGAAGACGAUGUGGAGAUUGUGCCCGAAACCCAACCGCCUAAAGGGAAAGGAAAACGAAACAAAGGCAAACAAGUGGUGGGUGAUCAAACGUCGAAACCGAAGGCGACUAAGUGGACCCCAAUCGAAGAAGAAGUCUUAGCCAAGGCUUUCAUUGGCACUUCCGACAACCCGGUAAAAGGUAAUAACCAAGCGGGUGAGGGGUUUUGGUCCUAGGUAUUGGCCAAGUUUCUCGCCUUGAUGGACCAAGGCCCGUAUAGAGAUCUCGACUCGGUUUCCUCGAAGUGGCGAAAAUUGAACUCGGCCAUUAAUCGGUUUUGCGAGGAGUAUAACAAAUUAUAUACAAGUGACCGUCGUAGCGGGUGGAACGACGAGGAUGUGUU